AUGAUGAUCACCAGGAAUGUUACCGUACAAACAAACAAUUCGAACCAGCCGAUAUUGUACCUCACAGUGGCGCUUCUUUUUCUUCUAAUAAUAGUCAUCGUGUUGGCUUAUCUGAUUUACUGCAAAAACAUGAAGAAACCUUUCGGUAUUCCAAUCUUAGUAGACGGCAACUUCGAACGCUAUAACCCCGAUAUAGCUCUCAACGAGCAGGCCGAUCUUCUGCCAUAUAACCCACAGUACGAAUUCCCUAAAGAACGACUGAAUCUUCUCACUCAACUUGGCAUCGGUGCCUUCGGUGUGGUAAUGAAAGCAACAGCCGCUGGUAUCAAGGAACACGAAGAGACAACGACAGUUGACGUUAAAAUUGUGAAGAACAAACACGAUGGUGUUUCUAUGCGUGCCCUUUUAUUGGAGCUCAAGAUAAUGGUAUAUAUAGGUCGCCACCUGAACGUGGUGAACCUUCUUGGAGCCGUCACGCAAAACCUUUCAAAUCAUGAGCUGAUGGUUAUAGUCGAAUAUUGUCCGCUCGGAAACUUACAAGAUUUCCUGCAAAAAAAUCGAGAGUGUUUCAUGGAUCGGAUAAGCCGUCAAACGGAUAAGCUAAUAAAAUCAAAUGAACAAGAUUGCUGUUAUCAAUAUAACGGUUGAAAUACGUAACCUUAUUUUUCUACAAACAAUCUAAACAAUCCCGACUCUGGUGGCCGGACUGAUAUGUCUGACAACGAACAAUCUUCUCGAAUAAAUGAUGCACGCACAGAAUGUCUAGAAGUGCAGCAGUCCGGGAAUGAUUGCGUAGCUCCCUUACGACCAUUCAACACAACAGAUCUCAUCUGUUGGGCAGCGCAAGUGGCAAGCGGGAUGGGAUACUUAGCUUCUCGGAACGUUAUGCACGGUGACCUAGCAGCACGUAACAUUUUAUUGAGCGAUGAAAAUGUGGUAAAGAUUUGCGACUUUGGACUGGCCCGCCGGGUUUACCGACAAAAUGUAUACAAGAAAAAGGGCGAAGCUUUGCUACCAUUCAAGUGGCUAGCAAUAGAGUGCAUCAGGGACAAUGUAUUUAACACUCAGUCGGAUGUAUGGGCAUUCGGUGUAGUUUUAUGGGAGCUAUUUUCCCUCGGUAAUACACCGUACCCCGGGCUGGAAGCCAAUCUGGAGUUGUACCAGAUGCUACAGGAUGGUUAUAGGAUGCAAAAGCCUCGUUUUGCCAAUCAAGAAAUCUACGAUAUCAUGCGGAGUUGCUGGGUAGAUGAUCCGCGUUCACGACCAUCGUUUACAGAUCUCAAGAGCCAAUUCAACGCCAUGAUGCCCCAAAAGAUGCUAGAUGUAUGUAAAGAGCACCUGAUGCUCAACAAACCAACUUAA